GAAUCCCACUUCCAUUUUUACUCAUUUUCAAUUUCGUAUUUUCUCUCUCUCUCCCCUAUGGAACCACCGCCUCCUUCUCUCUCCUCCACCGUCGUCGUCACCGCAGCCACCUCUUCUACUUCUCCUCCUCACGUUCCACCAUCUCACCCUGAGUCUCUAAACUCCUCCCCAAAAUCCCGCACCACAGACGCCUGGGACGAUCUCCCUCCUCCCGCUUCCGGCGCUUCCUCCAAACUCCGUCUCAUGUGCAGUUACAACGGCCACAUCCUUCCCCGCCCGCACGACAAGUCCCUCCUCUGCUACAUGGGCGGCGACACUCGCAUCGUCGUCGUGGACCGUACCACCUCCCUCUCUUCUCUCAUCUCUCGUCUCUCCACCACCUUCCUCAACGGCCACCGCUCGUUCACCCUCAAGUACCAGCUACCAAACGAAGACCUCGACUCCUUGAUCUCCGUAACCACCGACGAGGAUCUCGAUAACAUGAUCGAGGAGUACGACCGUACGAUGGGCUCAUCUAAACCCUCGCGUCUCCGUUUGUUUCUGUUCACGGCGAAGCCGGAAGCUACUCAAUCGAUGGGUCAGAUUAUAGAGAGUUCGGCUAAGAGUGAUGAUUGGUUCCUCGACGCUCUCAAUAGAGGAUUCUCAGAUUCUGAUUCCGACGUCGUCAAUCGUUUACUUGGCUUAGACGAUACUCUUGCUCUCGGCGCUAAAGAUGACAAUAGUAAACAACAGAUUCAACAGCCUCCACCGCCGCAGCAGCAGCAAGUAGGCCAAGAUGUGCACAACUUGCCGGACUCUCCGAUGUUGGAUACUUCUUCCUCUUUUGGAUCAACUUCUUCCUCUCCCUCGCUCGCGAAUCUACCUCCGAUUCGUGUUCAUGUAGAGGAAACUAGUGGGGUUAAGGGGAUGAAUGAUCAGAGGCUCGGAAUCGAAGAACAGUUGGCACGGUUCAACGUCGGGAGUAAGAUUCAAGACGACGGAUUUGCGGCGAUCUCGUCACCGCCGCCUAUGCCUGUGACAAUCUCGCUUCUUGCUGCUCCGGUGAAUGCUACCGACGACGAGAGAUCUGAUAACGGUGUGCCGGCUGGAUACAAAAAGCCUCCGACUCCACGUUCACAGCAGCAGAAUCUGCCGACUCAUCAGGUGAAAACAAAUAGCGGUGGACACGAGAUGCCGUCACCUGAUUCCUUUUCCAGUGAUAGCAGCAUGAACAACCCUGUGUUUCAUCAAAGCCCUGUCUACCAAGAACCACUUUCUCAAAUGAUUAAUCCCUCACAUCCAAAUCAUAAUCAUAAUCAGAAUCAGGACACGGGCUACAUCCUUCACCCUCAACAAUCUCAGCCACAACAGCAACAGUUCAUACACGCUGCUGCACCUCAAUACCUUCAUCACCAUCCCUCUACUGGCCAUCCUGUCCAAAGUUACAUUCAGGUUUACCCUUCGCAGCAGCCUUACCCCUUUUAUUAUGCCACUGCUCCAGUCCCACCUAAGCCUUACAAUACGCCUGUCACACAAUCUGUUAGUGUGACUGAUUCUCUACCCAUGAUGGCUCCGCCACCUAACAGCCAUUUGAGAAAUACUCCUGGUGGCAAACCUGAGGCUGGGGUUUACGCCACGACGACACCACAAGGUAUGAUGGGUGGUGCUCAGAUUAUUCAGCAGAUACCUAUAAGUCAGCAGCAGUUCAUGGGGUAUUCUCAGAUUCAUCACCCACCUCAGUCCGUUUCAGCUGGGAUUCCCAACUAUGGAUAUGAGUACGCUGAAAACGCGCCCAAACAGGUAUACUACACACAACACAUGGAUCACGCACAGUACCAGACAAUGACCGGGCCUCCUCCACCUGCCAUGGUGUUGCCUGAUGGCUCUGCUGCUGCUAAGCUUCCAGCUGAAAAUAUGACUCAACAGAUCCGGAGUUCACAGCCAUUGUGACAAGGUACAAGGAAGAUGGAACACAAUUUUGGAUGAAGGAACUCGGGUUGUUCUGAAACAUAUAAGUGUAUAAUCUUUGUUUUUCUCUCUUACUUUCCAAGUAACUGCAUCAAUUAAGAGUCCCGUUUAUGUUGGGUUUGGUAUUUAUGGACUGUCAAAUGUGUUGUGUAAGUAGAUAGUAUGAGUGAUGUCUUUGUAAUGUACACUAUAGUUACGUUAUAUCAUAUAUUAUUGUCAUU